CCUCCCUCCUCCUCCCGCCCACAAUGCCUCCCAAGCGCAUGACCGCAAAUCCCAUCAAACCCUCCCGCCACCGCGCCGGCAAGCCCACUGGCGCCGACUCCUCCUCCUCCUCAGACUCCGACGCCAGCGACGCCGACGAACCCAUCGCCCCCGUUGCCGUCGCGCCUCCCCCCAAAGCCCUCAGCGCAGGCAAGAUCAUCAGCAACCUGAACAAGGUCGACCUCGACUCGCGCCGUAAAGAUGCGGAAGCCGCCGAGGCGCGUCGCAUCGCCGCGCAGAAGGCGGAGCGGCUAGCCGCCGAACAAGGCUUCGUCACCGAGGAAGAAGAAGAAGAAGGAGAAGAAGAGGAAGAAGAGUCAGAUGAUGAAAGCGGCUCAGAAGAAGAGGAAAGCAGUGAAGAAUCAGAAUCAGAAGAAGAAGCGCCAAGGAGAUUAAUGAUGCGACCCAAAUUCAUACCCAAAAGCCAACGCUCCGGCGGCAAGAACCCCGACGCCGACGCCGCCGCCGAAGCCGCCCGCCAAGCGGCAGAAGAAGAAGCCCGCAAAAAGGCCGCCGCCGACGAGCUCGUCGAGGAACAGAUAAAAAAGGAUUUGGCCGCGCGCGCCGCCGGCAAGAAGCACUGGGACGACGAGGACGACUCGGGCUCCGACGUCGACACCACGGACGGGCUGGACCCCGAGGCCGAAGAGGCCGCGUGGCGCGUGCGCGAGCUCAAGCGCCUGCGGCGCGCGCGCCAGGCCAUUGAGGAGCGCGAGAGGGAGCUCGCCGAGGUGGAGCGCCGCCGGAACCUGACCGAGGAGGAGCGCGCCGCCGAGGACGAGGCCUUCCUCGCCAGGCAGCGCGAGGAGAAGGAGGGCAAGGGCAAGAUGGCGUACAUGCAAAAGUACUACCACCGGGGCGCCUUCUUCCAGGAGGAGACGGCCGCCGCGGGCCUGCUGCAGCGGGACAUCAUGGGCUCGCGCAUCCAGGACGAUGUGCGCAACCGCGAGGCCCUGCCCGAGUAUCUGCAGAGGCGGGACAUGACGAAGCUGGGCAAGAAGGGCGCGACAAAGUACAAGGAUAUGCGGACCGAGGACACGGGGCGGUGGGGAGCGUUUGAUGGCGAUAGGAGGAGGGGAGAGCGCCGAAAGAGGAGCACGUCUCGGGAAAUGGAUCGGUAUGAUGGCGACAAGAGGCGCAAGGUUGACAGUGGGGAGUGA